AUGCCGAGGCUGCACGCCAUCUCGCAAGGUCUCUGUCAUCACAUUGGGCAGCAGCAGCAGCAGCAACGUCCGGCGCGGCAGAUACAACUUGCUGAGCCAACCAUCCGCGACGUCCCGGCGCAGCGGUCGCCGAAAACACCGCCGACCCCCACACGAGUGCGGGUGGUGGGUGCGCAGGAAGGCGAAAACAGAACGGCACUGGUGCAGGAAAGCCCCCGCAUCGGCCAUGCUCAGAAAUCGGACUCACAGCAGCCACACCCGAACUCGGUGGUAUCCCACGUGCCCUCCGCUACGUGCUUGAUGCACCGCCGCGGCAGGACAGCGCUCACAGACGCAGAGGUGGUUGUCAAUGGCGAUGAUGCAGAAAAUGGUUCCCGCAGAAGACGCGAGAGACGGCCGCGGUCACCCUCACCACCAACCUCGCACACGCUGGAGGCGUUGUUUCACGAGGAUCAAAUCGCAGAGGAGCAGCGUGUGGCGCUCUUGUCGGCAUCUCCGUCGCCGUCGUCGGCGCACCAGCGCACCACUACGGCAGGAGAAGAGGAUCUGUUCUCGAAGGCCUCGACUCGCUCGCACAGCAGCAUCGCGGAAGCUGGGCAGCGGGGCAUGGCGAUGACGAACGCGCCCAGCCGAGCCACGCGGCGUCCGCGUGCGGUCGACGAGCCGUUGCCGACGCCUAGCGAGGCUAGCGCCGUCUUUGGAGCCGUGCCUCACACGUACCUUGAGCCGCUGCGGGUGUGGCUGCCAAGGCGCGUGGAAGCGGCUUGCGUACUGACGUGUGAGGGCAGCCCGCCAAUCAUGCGCGGCGCGGCGAGCGGCAACCGCAGCCAAGCGCGAAUUCGCACAGCGCCUCCCCGUCGGCGGGCAUCAGAUUUACGCCCCGCAACUGGCGACGGCGGCGCAGACAGCGCGCAGGACGACUACGCAGGCGACGAUGAUGACGGCCUCCCAGUCGCUCUGUGGCGCCGCACACCGCCGCACACAGGGGUGACAAUGGCCGAUGCGGACGGCGCACCUACGUCGCUGCUGUCGUCUCCGCGCUGGUGCGUGACGGCUUAUGAGCCGCUGAGCCUGUCGCUGCCGGUGACGGCGCGGUGUGCCGACGGCGAUAGUGAAGGAUCAGUGCUUCAGCCGGCACCUCUCAGCAACACGGUGGGCAGCAGCAUUCUGGGCCGCAGCGGCGCUCGCGAGGGCGAGGACGUGGGGAUCGACGCGGAAGACGAUGAAGAGGCUGCUGCGGUCGGCGCCUGCCGUGAUCAUCGUCCACCCGCAGCGAUGGGGUCAAGGCACGGCUCAGCACCCGCUGCCACGGCGGUGACGCGGGUGUACUGGGGUGCUGCUCCACCGUUGAGAGGGAUGGCGCCGAGUGUGCUGCACCACGGCAGCGCAACUGGCAUGGGUGCUGAUGGCGAUGAUGGUGAUGCAGGCGGCGACGGCGCGGCCUUCGCAGGCCGUAGGAACUCUGGGCAGAAUAUUCGCAGCAGUGUGCAAGGCAGCGGGCGGGCGCUCGAUCCACGUGCCCAACAUUUCUCUGUGACCCCCGUCGCUGUGUCCUCCGCCGUUGUGGCCACGGCGCUGCCAGACUGGCACCAGCACGGCGACGCAAGGGGCUAUGAGGGCGUUGGCGCACGUCCUUCACGCAGCUCCGCCACCGCUGCAGUUCAUCGCCAUGAACCGUUCUGUGACCUGCCAUCUUCGCCGUUGCCCGUGAUGCCCCGGCGACCACCCGCCAUCCCCGGUCCCAACGCGUACGUGCUGGCACAGUCGAUGGAGCUGCGGAUCACCCUUCCCUGGUUGCUGCACACCUCCACGCUCCCACCCGUGGCGGCCGAAGCGUUGGCACGCUGUCUGGGGGCACACAUCAGAGCACACCUGCGACCAGAGAGGGCAGCGCAGUGGACGCAGGAUGGAGCGUGCCGCCCUCGAUUCGGCGGGACAUGCGCACCGGGGUCGGCAGCGGCACAUCCACAGCCCAAGUCUUCAUGGAGAGAGGAUCCACCACCAUGCUGGGUGGCGGCCUUUGCGUACACGGCGGGGAUUCAGAUGUACGCGACGAAUCACGCCUCGUCCCUCGUCCACGCCAAGGAGAGCACCAAGGAGGGCGAGUCGUCUCGCGAUUCCCAGGCAAGCCCGCGUCACGACCCUUGUGGUCUCGCCUCAGAGGCGCAGCUAGACCUCAUCUCCUGGCCUGCAUGGGUGCCGAGUGCGCAGAAAAGUGUCCACAUGCUCGCCGCGCUCACCUCCGGCGCCUUCCAGCUGAUCGAGGCGAUCGCACGAGCACUCGACCAGGCGUCCACUGCGGGCAACUGUCCUGCUUCUACUGCUACUGCUGCUGCUGCUGCUGCUCCUGCUGCGCUGGUAGACAUGGAUACAGCGGAGGAAGGCGACACUGAAGCCCGCAGUGUCCGAAGGGCAGCAUACAACGCAGUAGGUCAGCUGCACAUCGACAGCAGCGGCGCGUCACGCUCCGCCACAGCACUCUCUCGAGAUCCCGCCACCGUGCUGCAUCAGUUCCACGUCUUCUCUGAGGCCAUCUUUGGUGAUGCGGCCAACAAGCGUCUUUGCCGACAUGUCCGUGAUCGCCUCCCGCUGCACGUGCAGGACUUGAGCGAGUUGCUGAGUCGGCCGUGGUGCGGCGGCGCGCGGGAAGACGAGGACGGCGAUUUGGCCAUCACCACAACUGCCGUCGCCGCUGCCGGCGUGUGGCGAGCUCGCUGCCCCUCCAUGCUGGACCUCGUCCACCACCUCGCCCGUGCGUGGAUGGCGGAGUGCUUUUCCGGCCUAGCGAACCGUCUGCACGCGUUCCUGCUCACCCACAAUCCCGGAGUCGUGCUCGACCUCAUCCGCGUACGUACGAACGACAGCGACGACGCCGUGCCGCAUGACAAUGUCUUCAACGGGGCGAGGCUGCCGAAGAGGAUUUGUGCUGAGGAGGGUGAUGGGAACGCUUGUGCGCAUCAGCGGGGUCGCGUUCCGGCGCACGAGCAGCAUCGCCGCCAGCGCGAACGCCAUGGCUGCUUCGCUCACCUGCGCGCAGUACCGGGAGCCGCGGCAGCAGCCGCGUCGGUGCUUCCGCCACAUGCGUUGAUCUACCGAGGGGUCGCAGAGUUCACCCACGGGCCUCUGCAGCGGUGGGAGCGGUGGUGGUUGUCGCCGUCGUCGACCCCUGCCGCGCAUCCCCUGGCCACCAACACGGCUGCCAGCGCCGCGGCCAUGCAGUGGUCAACACACGUCAACUACGCCACCGUGCACUCCCUCCAGUGGGUCCUACGCCACCCUCUCGACGCACACGCAGUCGCAGAUGGUGUGCGGGAGUCCGCAUCGAAACUGGUUGCUGUCACGGACACGCUGGCGCUGCUGGAGCUGCUAACAUUGAUGCCGCCACUCCUCGACACGACGGCGCUGCUGAUGUACGAGGCGGAGGCGGUCCUACGCGGCGCCUGCGCUUGCGUGAUGGGAAACGCCGGCGAUGGCGAUGGCGGUGGCGGUGGCACGGCCACCAUGACGAGCGGCGCGCACAGCCACAGCGCUAUCACCACCGGCAUCCGAGCAACGCCGUCGCGCGCCACGACUCAAGGGUUCCACGCGUAUUACCGCGUCUUCCUCGGUCUUGUGUGCUACGGUGCAAUGAAGCUGAGUGACGCUGAGGGCAUGGCGCUGCUGUCGCGGACACGGCCGCAGCGAACUGGUGUGGAGCCGGCUAGGGCAGCACCCCAUGACCACGACGGUGCAUCGUCUUUCCCAGAGCUCCGGUCAGCACAGGCUACCGUGGAUGGUCUGUGGACACAGUACAUACUGCCGCUCGUGGUGGGCUACGUCAGCGGCAGCGGUACAGGGGCGGCGCCUGCAGCUUGCAUGGAUGCGUUGACAGCCGCGGAUCAGUGCGUCACGUACGCGCUGAUGCUGCUGCAGCUGCUGCGGCUUGAGGGGCGAAACGCACGCCACGGCGGCCGCGGGUCUGCACAAAGUCCCGCCUUCCCAAAUGGACCCCAGCAGGAUGCGUCUAACUCCGGCGUGUCGUCGUCGUCGCGGUACCGACGCAAGCGAGCCCGCUCCCCGCGGCCGGAGAGCGUUUCGAGCUCCGCCUUCACCGCCGAUACGGCGACGACGACGACAACAGCAGCCACGACGCGUCGGUGCGCCAACAGCGGUCUUGACAGCAUCAACGACCUCGAGCGAGUUGGCGUGACUAUGGAGGAAUCGCGGUACAUGGCAGCGCCGGCAUUCGGCCACGCUCCGCGGCCCGAUCACAGAGACGAGCAGAGCGUUGCGCACAACGCCGCCAGCGGGACGGUGGCCGGCGUCGUCGGCGACACACCCACGGAGAAACCGGCGCCCCCGCAGCAUUGCAUCCCACCCCUUGCGCUUCUCGCUCAGGGGGACGCGGGAGAAGUAGCCGCAGCAGCAGCAGCCGCACCGCAAUGUCCUCCCUGUCCUGCGCCUCCGCCAGACUGGCAGGGCGUGUGCCGGCAGCUGAUUCGCCGUUGGCUGCAGCCGAAGGGCGACUGCGAUGGUCGCGGUUGUCGGGAGUCGAACCUCGACGAAGGGACGGCGCAGCAUCAGCAGCCGAAUGACAGCACCUCCGUCAGAGCAAGCUGCUUUCCAGGCGGGCGGUCGAAGUUGCUCGAUGUCUGCGAGGAGGGCGGUGGCCACACUCUGCACCGUCGCGAUGUCCGUCGCGUUAGCGCUCUUCUAACGGGGCUGGCGCUACGCAUCGCGGCCGUCCGUGAGGAGGAACGGGGCGCGCACGCCGUAAGCCCCCAUAGCGGCGGUGCUGGAUGCUGCUAUGAUUACCUCUACGGCGUGCUGCCGCCUGGACUGCGCGCAGGGGACGCUGGCCUCAUCACCGUCGCCUCCACAUCCAGUUCUGACGACGGCGAGGAUAGCGACACGGACAGUGCAGGGGAAGGUGCAGAGACCGAUGACAAUCUCUGCGAUGUAAACAUCCUGCGUUGUGCCACAUCCACAAUCAGCACCAGCAGCGGCAGUGGAAGCAGCGACCGGAACACCCUUGGCACCACCCCUUUGGCGGCAUUGGUGUCGCCGCUAUCGUCAUCCCUGGCCACAUCGCCGUGA